AUGUCUCCCUCCAUUAAGGGAAAGCAUCCAGAGUCCACAAAAAUUCAGACGGUUUCAUCGAGAAACCUGUCGAUAGGAGUUGGUGAAAUCCACGAAUUCAAAUCUCCAAUCUCACGACAUGAACUUAGUUAUAAAGAGGCCCAAGCUAACCUAGCGCUUGUGGCCCAAUCCGGCUACAAACCUGAAUUACGAAGAAACUUCUCCACUUUGGCGCUCUUAGGAUGUGGUUUCGGUCUCACCAACUCAUGGUGCGGCAUUUCUGGCUCCUUGGUCACAGGAAUUUCCAGCGGUGGGCCAAUGAUGAUUGUUUAUGGUAUCGUCAUAAUAGCAUGUGUUUCACUGGCGGUAGCCAUCUCUCUAUCGGAGCUUGCAAGUGCUAUGCCAAACGCUGGUGGUCAAUAUUAUUGGACGAUGAAGUUGGCACCACGCAAAUAUGCCCCUAUAGCUUCGUAUAUGUGUGGUGCUUAUGCUUGGGCUGGCUCUGUCUUCACUAGUGCCUCCGUCACCAUUACUUUAGGGCAAGCUAUCGUUGGACUUUAUUACCUUGGCUCUGGCAAUACAGAUGCUCCACCUAGGUGGGCAAUUUUUAUUACCUACGAGAUUUUGAAUAUUAUUCUAAUGGUGUUCAACAUGUGGGAGAAGCCUCUCCCAAUGAUCUCGCAAUCGGCCUUGUAUGUGUCUUUGCUUUCAUUCGUAGUGAUAACGAUCACCGUGCUCGCCAAAAGCUCAGGCCAUUAUCAGUCUGCAAGCUUUGUCUUUUCAGACUUCAGCAAUGGAACCGGCUGGUCUUCUUCUGGUAUUGCGUUCAUAGUUGGAUUGAUCAACCCAAACUGGUCUUUCAGUUGUCUUGACGCUGCUACUCAUCUUGCCGAAGAAACGCUAACGCCCGAGACUGAUAUCCCCAAGGCAAUUAUUGGGACUGUGCUUAUAGGAUUCUUCACUUCGUUCAUCUAUGUCAUUGCGAUGUUUUUUUCCAUAAGAAAUCUCGAUGAUAUACUUAAAUCAAACAUCGGUGCCCCGAUUUUGGACAUAUGUCAUCAGGCUAUAGGAAACAGGGGUGGAGCCAUUGUCUUGGGAUGCUUUUUCGUGCUUACGCUCGUCGGGUGUAACAUCUCAUCCCAUACCUGGCAGGCUCGUCUCUGUUGGUCCUUCGCCAGAGACAACGGAUUGCCAGGGUCUAGAUGGUGGUCAAAAGUCUCUAGAACAGGAGUUCCCGUGUAUGCACAUCUCAUGUCUUGCGGUUGGUGUGCAAUCAUUGGUUGUAUCUACAUGGCAUCAACUACAGCGUACAACGCUGUUGUUAUUGGGUGCAUUCUGUUCUUGUUGAUUUCAUACUCCAUCCCCAUCGUCUUCAUGUUGUGUAGAGGAAGAAGCAAUAUUUCCCACGGACCUUUCUGGACUGGCAAGAUUGGGUUGAUUUGUAACAUUGUCGUGGUUUUGUGGACUGUGUUUGCAGUUGUCUUCUACAGUCUACCACCCGUGAUGCCGGUCACCGCAGGUAACAUGAACUACGUUUGUGCUGUCAUUGCUGUUUUUACGGCUUACGUUAUAUUGUAUUGGUACUGCAGGGGAAAGAAGACUUUUAAGACAAUCGAGGAAAGAACAGAACUCAUCCCUGAAUUGACUCAAAUAGUUUCGCUGCAAAUGAUGGAGAUCGAGAUGAUGAAUGAAGGAAAAGUAUAG